AUGAGAUGUAUAAAGCGUGGAUAUUUGUUGCAUUCAUGUUGUAAUACACGUUUUCUCUAUUUAGAUUUGGUUCCCGAUUGUACAGCGGAAGCUUGCAUUCGUGGUCUUCGUCGUUUUAUAAGCCGCUUUGGCGCACCUUUUCAAUUUAUCAGCCAUAAUGGUUCAAAUUUUUCUGCUGAAGAAAAUCGAAUCUUAAUAAAUUCAAGACGUAUACGAUGGUGUUUUAAUGUUCCUGCUGCUCCUUGGUGGAGAGGGAUAUUCAAAACAAUGAUUCGAAAUACCAAGAGAAUACUUAAAAAGGUUCUAAAAACAUCAAGAGUUAAUGACGAAAUGCAAACAUUUUUGGCUGAAAUUGAAGUUGAUAUAAACAACCGGCCGAUUACGUUUCUGUACGAAGUACCCGGCGAGGAGCCUCUAACACCAAAUCAUCUCGUGUUUGGACAAAAACUACCAUUAAAAUCUGUGAAUUUUAUUAACAUAUAA